CUGUGAUGACCUCCUGGGCCUUUCCCACCCUAAACAUUCCUCGGAUUCUCCCAAUAAUUCCAUGACCCUAUUCCAUGACUCCCACCUGGUGGAUACACAGGGAAUGCCUGGGGCAGGACAACCAUACCCAACCACAUCCCAAAAAACCAAAAUCCAUAAUUUGGGUGAAUCCGGAGAAUCUGACCCCGGUGAUCCCUGUCCGGCAGCACAAGCAGGAGGAGCUGGACGGGGAUGGCUGGGAAUACGCUUCCCUCUUCGGAUGGCGCUUCCACCUGCAGCAGCGCCGCUCCGACUCCUUCCGCCGGCGCCGCUGGAGACGCCGCAUGGAGCCCCUGGAACGCACCGGCCCCGCCGCCGUCUUCGCCCUGGAAGGGGCUCUGGGGGGAGUGACGGACGACAAAAGCGACGACGGAAAAUCCGACGGAAAAUCCGCAUCCACGCUCAGCUUUGGGGUGAACAGACCCACGAUCUCCUGCAUUUUUGACUGUGAGGAUCCAAGGAGGGGAUUCGGGAUCGAUGUUUGGGAUGUCCUGGGGGGAUGA